AUGCUCAUAAUGGCGUGGGUGGCCUACGCAGCGUUCACGGGGAUCCUCUUCAACCCUUUCAUCCUCCUUGGCGCCGGGGACACGUCGUCUUCGUCCUCGUCUUCGUCGUCGUCGUCGUCUUCAUCGUCAGGGUCGGGAUCGUCGUCCAUAAACCCGGUGCCGGCGAGUAUCUUGCUGGGCGACGACGAGCUGGGGAGUCCAGACAUCUCCAUUUCGGGCGACCCCUCCGAGACCCCGCCCGACCCCUCCGAGAUCGACCCCAUCCUGGGCACCCCGUCCGUCGUGCCCGUCGAUUCCGAGGCGCCGUCCAUCCUAGGCGGCGGUUCCUCCACGCCCGAUUCGUCGUCGUCGUCGAUUCUGGGCGGCGGUUCCUCCACGCCCGACUCAUCGUCGUCGACGUCGAUCCUGGGCGGCGAUUCGCCCACGGUCGACUCGAUAACGGGCGGGUCCUCGGUCGUCGCUCCGACGCCCGAGGACUCUACCUCCUCGUCGGAUACGUCCUCCUCUCCCUCUUCUACCGAAUCCGGCGGCGGUUCCUCCUCCAGCACGGACUCCUUCGGCUUCAUCCCGGUGGUGUCCCUCGUCGGAGACAGCACGCCCGUCGGCUCCUUCCGCCCGUCCUCCACCACGGACAUCAUCGCCGCUCUGGCCUCGCAGGGCGCCACCGAGGAGUCCACUGAGGGCGUCGUGCCCUCCGUCGACGCCACCGUCUUGGAGUUCCUGCAGAAUAUCUCGACCACUUGGCCCGAGAGCUCGACGCCCUCGGACUCGUCCCCCAACUACGCCUCCAUCCUGCCGCUGCCGUCGCCCCGCCCCACGACCUCCGAGGGCGACGUCCCCAUCUCGUGGCUCUACACGGACGACACGGACGGCAGCACGGACCCCCCGGAGCCCACCGUGGCCCCCAGCUACCCCGUCCUGCACGCGUGCCUCGUGCUGGGGGGCGACGUGCCCUCCUGCGUGGCCCAGGCGCAGCUCUACGGCCAGCUCCUGUACGAGCACACCGUCAACUCCCUGCAGAAGCCGGCGCCGGACGAGGCCACGCCGUCCGCCAUCGAGGUGAUCAAGCAGAAGCACCCGUACGCGGAGGUCAUCAACGGCACGGUCCCCACGACGGCGGCGGAGGGCGGGGAGCAGCCCGGCACGCAGAGCCAGAAGCCGCAGGUCAUCGCGGCGAACUUCCCCUUCGUCGUCGUGCAAGGCGGCGGCGCCGACGGGGCCGAGACCGCCAUCGAGAAGGUGCCGUCGAAGGACCAGUACGUUUCGGAGGAGUUUCCGCAUGCGGUCGUGGUGCAAGGCCCCGGUACGGGCGGCCAGGCGGCGGGCGGGAGCAGGCCCGAGAACUAUCCCCACGCCCAAGUGAUCGACACGCCCACGAUCACCAACGCCGACGCCCUCCCCAUCCUCCAGCAGGUCCUCAACAAGGUGCAGUACGUCCAGGAGACCUUCCCGCACGCACAGCUGAUCGACCCCGCCGUCAGCGCCGCCGUCAACACCCAGAUCAACAACCCCAUCAAAGACCUGAAGAACCCCGACGGCGCCAAACCCACCGACACCCAGCGGGAGAACGAGGCCGCAGAGAGCGUGCCGGUGUUCCCCGACGACGCGGCGGAAGACCAACCCUCUGGCGCCGUGGACGAGCCUCCAGCCGGCGAGGAGUCCCCCGGGGCCGCCUUCCUCACGUACGCAGAAGGCAUUGAGCACACGCAAGCGACGAACCUGGUGAUACAGAACAUCCAACAGGUCAUCCAAAGCGUCCGUCCGCAAGCACAGGCACAGAAGCCAAGCCAGGACGCAGACACCGAGCAGACCGACGACGCGAAGGGGGCAGGGGGCGCAGAGGACGCCGAGAAGAAGCCCGGGGAGGACGCAGGUGCUCACAGGGACUUCAAGAAGGACGCCAAGGCCCAGCUGAUCGAAAGGCUGUUCCCUCACGCACAGGUCAUCCCGAAUCGACCUCGGACCCGCGGCAGAGGCUUAUGA